AUGCAAUGGCAGAAUUUCUCCAAUGCAUCCUCAAGUCUGAAGGCUUCGAAAGAUGAAACCCAAGGAGUGAAAAAACCAUAUCCAAGACCCACGAGACAACUACCCGCGAUACUAAGAGCUAACCAAAGGCCAAAUAAAGCAGGCAAGCCAAACAAGAUUGCAACUUUAAGGGGAAAGAGCCCCAAAAUCACCGCUAAAUUCCCUAAAAUCAGAAUCAAAGCAGCAAUCGGACCAACAAUCAAACCUGCAACGUUAAAGGCAAGAGAAUCAAACAACAAAAAGAUAAAAGAAAAUCAGUACAAGACAGCUAAACACAGAUAUAAUUCUUUUAUAUGCAAGAGAAGGCUCAAAGUACCUACUUUUAAGGGCACCAAAACAGAGCACAGCACAAAAUGCAAAAACCACAGAGAGGGUUUUGACCCAAUCCUUGAAGCUAUUACUGGGCAUGUUUGGAUUUUCAAGAAACUCAGAAAAUUGGGAGCAAGAAAAUAUUUUUCAACAGAUGAUGAUAUCAAAGAAGAAAAGAAAAAACCCAGUAACUUUGAAACGAUGAAAUCCCAAAUAAGUCAGGAGAAGAUGAGAAAAACGACGCGUCAGAAGUUUCCAUUGAAAAGACAGCAAAGAAGGACCCCAACUGCAAAUAAACAAACAAAUACGCCACCAAAAGAGAAAUAUUCAAACGACUGGAUUAUCUCGAGCAUGUUGAGUCUUGUCUCGGGAGAAUUGCCGUCAGCUGAGGAACAUAUCUCCAUCUUCCUGAGAACACCAGCAUUUCCCAAAAUAAACUGCACAACUUCUAACUCUUCAUCUGUCCACCCGAACUCAUAG